UUCCUGAUAACCCCAGCCCCGCCAAGGAGGAGGAUCAGACAAAGCCAGCCCCUGAGCUAGCUGGGAGGAAGCCAGGGGACAGAGGGAGGGGAAGGCAUCAUUAUUGUACUGCGGGACCCCCCUCCCACAACAGGCCUGGAGACUGAGCAGCUUUGGAGCUGAGCACACAGCAGACCCCCGGGAGACCUCCAUUCCAGCCAGCUGACUGUCCUGUGCCCACCAUGCAUCCUCAGUCAGUUCUGCACAGCGGCUACUUCCACCCCCUGCUCCGGAACUGGCAGACAGCCGCCACCAGCCUCAGCGCCUCCAACCUCAUCUACCCCAUCUUUGUCACGGAUGUUCCUGAUGACAAACAGCCCAUCGCCAGCCUUCCAGGAGUGGCCAGGUACGGUGUGAACCGCCUGGAAGAGAUGCUGAAACCCCUGGUGGAGGAGGGCCUCCGCUGCGUCCUGAUCUUCGGUGUCCCCAGCAGAGUUCCCAAGGAUGAGCGGGGCUCCGCAGCCGACUCCGAGGACUCCCCGGCUAUCGAGGCCAUCCGUCUGUUGCGCAAGAAUUUCCCCAGCCUCCUCGUGGCCUGCGACGUGUGCCUGUGCCCCUACACCUCCCACGGUCACUGCGGGCUUCUGAGUGAGAACGGGUCAUUCCAAGCCGAGGAGAGCCGCCAGCGGCUGGCAGAGGUGGCUCUGGCCUAUGCCAAGGCAGGAUGUCAGGUGGUGGCCCCGUCAGACAUGAUGGACGGACGCGUGGAGGCCAUCAAGGAAGCGCUGAUGGCGCAUGGAUUCGGCAACAGGGUAUCAGUGAUGAGCUAUAGUGCCAAAUUCGCUUCUUGUUUCUAUGGACCUUUCCGGGACGCGGCUCAGUCGAGCCCGGCCUUCGGAGAUCGCCGCUGCUACCAGCUGCCACCCGGGGCACGAGGCCUGGCCCUCCGUGCAGUGGACCGGGAUGUUCGGGAGGGAGCAGACUUGCUCAUGGUGAAGCCAGGAACGCCCUACCUGGACAUCGUACGGGAGGUGAAGAACAAGCACCCUGAGCUCCCCCUGGCCGUGUACCACGUUUCUGGAGAGUUCGCCAUGCUGUGGCACGGGGCCCAGGCCGGGGCAUUUGAUCUCAAGGCUGCUGUCCUAGAGGUCAUGACUGCCUUCCGCAGAGCAGGUGCCGAUGUCAUCAUCACCUACUACACGCCUCAGCUACUGCAGUGGCUGAAGGAGUGAUGAAGAAAGUGUACCAGAUCCGAGAACUAGAACCUUUCUAUUCCUGAGCCUUGGAGAAGUGAAAACCAAAGUAAACGAUGCUCUUAGAACUGUGCACUCCUGCCCUCUUCCUGCUUAUGUGCUGGCGGGCGCUUGGAAGCCCUGGGUGGUUUCUGCCAGCCUGCCAAAUCUCCCCACUCGCAGCCACAUCCUCACUGGCUCUCCCAGGCUUCCCAGCCCCUCCUCUGGGUCAGUCCUGAAGCUCACCUCUGCCAACCCCGGUCCUUCCUCUAGGGUCGCUUCAGCUGGAAAGCCACCAGGACUCAUGGCAUCAGCUCAGUGGGUCCUGGGAGAAGGGCUUGGAACAUUAAGGGAGAGAGGGCAGUUGAUUUUUGGACCCUAAGCAGCUCUGGAAAGCUUGAGGCUUCUGGCAGCAGAGCUGGGCACACAGGCCUAUAUUGACACCCUGGGUUUAGAGUUGACAUUUGCUGCAAUUCCACUGGAAAGCGAUCCCCACACAAGCCAUUGGUUGCCAGGCUGCCUGAGGUCUCCUGUUGUUCUCUGAGCCAUAAACCCGGAGAAGAAUUACUCAUUAACAAGCAGAAAAGAAUGAAUUCAUUAACAAGCAGGAAUGCUGCUGAAGGAUCAAAAUUCAUAAGCAAAGAAAGAAUUCCUGACUGUUGGAGAUGGCACCACUGAAAAGGCUCUUUAUUGCAGAGAUAUUUCUUGAGAAGGUCUGCUGUGUGCCCAUACAUGAUACUGGGUCCUGGGGAUUUAUAGCAGGACAGACUUCAGCUUGUCUCUGCGUGGAAUCUACACAAGGGAACCAGGGUGACAGAUGCCAACAAGAAAACAGACAAAUAAGGCAGUUACAGAUGGUAAUAGUGCUUCCAGGGAAAGAAAGGGUCUGAGACAGAAUAAUAGAUGAUGGGCCUCGCUUGAGAAGCCCUUCCUGAGAUUGAGGGGCAAAGAAAGGCCUUUACCAAGAGGAGAGGGAAGUGGACGUCAGAAGCCGCAAGAAUGACGGCGGAGUGUGGGAACCAGAUGAGGAAGAAGGUGGAUGACAGCACUGGAGGUUGGAAAGGUAGAGCCCACACUUCGUAGGAAGCUUGGUUUCUAUCUUGUAUCUGAUACAAAGCCAUCUGAAGGGUCUUAACCAGGUGUUAUGUGUGUUCCAGUUUCCCCCAUUCUGCUGCUAUGAAAAAAAAAUGGAGGGGUGAGCCAGAACCAGCCUGGUUGGGAGGCUGCUGCAGACCCCAGGGAACCACGCCAGUGGCCUGGACCAGGGUGGUGGCAGUGGAGAGCAAAGGAAGCGGAAUGUGUUCAGGAUACAUUCUGAAGACCGAAUAAGCAGACUUUGCCAAAGUUUUCCUGUUGGGGGAUUGAGGCAGGGAACGAGAUGCCUUCAUGGGUUUCUGGCUUGAGAAACAGGUCUCUGUUGGUUCUUCUAAGGGGAUGGGAUGUGAUGUUCCCCACCCCCUAGUCAGAGUUCAGGCCCAGCUAAGGAGGGGCCAUUUUUCAAGUCCACCUGCCUAUCUGCAGAGUGACAGAGAAUCCCAGCUCUAGAGCCAAAGCAAGACUAUUUUGGAUGUUAAAGCGGUACAACCUAUUUUAAAAUUUAGAAAUAUUUGAGUCAGAGGCAGCUCCCCUCUGACUCCUGGUGCUGUUCCCCAGAGCUGUGGCCACCUCAUUCUGUACUCAGCUUUUGGGACGUGAAGAAUCACCUUGAGACCGAAAACCCGAGAGAUGAGCCACUGAUGGGUCUCAGAGCUUGGACCACGCCAGAACCUUGCACCACCUUCGUUUCUGUGCUCCCUGGCCCUAAGCUCAUUUCUGAUUAGUGUGGAAGGGAACGUUCUUCAAGGCCAUCCCACACUCAUCAUUGCCAAGCUGAGAGGGGGUCCAGCUCUGUUCUAGGCACAAGGAGAUGGGAGACGAACCAUUCUCAGGAAGCAAGUAACUGUGUCCCGAGCCCCCAGGAGUUAACAUUGAGCAGAGUGAUGAUGGGGCUCCCUAAGGAGAAUCAAUAGGCAGACCUGUUAGCACUGAUGUAGUGACAGGUGCUGGGAAGGCCACCAGGUAUGACCUGGUAUGACCUGGUAGGAAGGAUCAGAAAACACUUCCCUGAGGCCUGAUGUUUAAACCUAUACCUAGAAAGCAAGCAGCCACGCUGGCACAUGUUUAGGGAUGAUCAUUCCCAACAGAAGGGAUCGUGGGGCCAAAGUGAGCUGGAUGGCUGGUGGCUGAAACACAGGAAAGGUUUUUAAUGUUUUUUUUUUUAAUCUUUUUUAUUUUCUAAAUUAUUAAAAUAUGAUAACACAUUUACAGGAGACUUGGAAAAUACAGUACAAAGUUAAGAUUUUUAGUUGGAAUUUCAAUUUAUAGAAGCAUUUUGACAGCACUGUGGCAAAGCACGAAUAAGAAAUGUGGCCUAGGCUGAGUGGUGACCGUGGGGAUGGAGAAGAGAACCUAUUUAGGACUUAGGUGAGAUGUCAAGGACAAACUUGGCUUGAGCUCCUGGGUGGCUGAUAGGCAGGCCAUUGACUGAGGUGAGAAAGCUUAGAGAGGGAAUCCUAAAUUUAGCGUGGGUUUGCAGUGAAGAAGCUCUGUCUGUUAGUUUAUGUUUAUAUGACUCUCUCAAGGCUGCUCAACAAGUUUGUGGCAGAACUGGGUCUAGAACCCCAGUCACCAAAAACAGCAGAGCUGGGAUUUGAAAUCACAUAGCGCAGUUCGAGGCCUCUACCCUUACCCAGUCUGCCAUACCACCUCCCAAUAAACAGUACCAAAAUUAUAGCUCUAACACUGAUGCUCUUAGUAGCUCUAGUAAUGGGGCACAUCCAGGGGCUGAGCUACCUUCAGGCAUGUGGUCUAUGUGAGUGGCGCCCUCUGGAGUCAGGGCUUAGCACCUGAGGUGCCGUAAUUUUAUCCUUGGGCAGAGAACUCAGCUUUCACAAGCAGCGAGGCAUAUUAUUCUCAGACUUCCUGGUAUCUGGUGAGCAUUAAGGGCCUCUCUCAACACAAUAUGAUUUUCUUAUUUCCCUCUCAAGACGUGCCAGCUUGGAUGGUAGCUUGUCCCUUAAUGCGGCAUCCCGCAGACCACCACAAAUAACCGGCACAUUCCCUCGUCCUCACUUUUCAUUUCACUAAGAUCCCUAAAACUACCUCAGUGGACAUAUGGCUGAGGGCCCCCAAAACAGCAAGCAUUUAAACCAGAUAUUUUACAACCGAUUUCCCAACUAGGGAAGGGGGAGUCCAGACCUUGCCCCGUAUGGACUCUGCGAGUUCCAUAUAUUAGGGCCUGUCACUUGCAGCACCCCAUAUUCUGUCUUGUUCUGGGUGCUCUUGGUGGCAAGUGACACAUACAGCCUCUCCCAGAAGCCUGUAUCCCUUCCUAUCUCUCAUCUGUGUUUGCCUCAGCUUGCCUUUAUUCUAAUAUGGGAUUUUGCCACUUGAUAGCUGCAUGGUCCCUGUGUGUAAGUCGCUCAGUCAUGUCCGACUCUGCCAUCCCAUGGACUGUAGCCUGCCUGGCUCCUCUGUCCAUGGAAGUCUCCAGGCAAGUAUACUGGAGUGGAUUGCCGUGCCCUUCUCCAGGGGAUCUUCCUGAUCCAGGGAUCGAACCUGGGUCUCCUGCGCGGCAGGCAGAUUCUUUACCAUCUGAGCCACCAGGGAAGAUGGUCCUUAAUCCUUUCUAUCCCAGUAUUCGCAUAACAGAUCUCUGGAGGUCUCUGAUUGGUCCUGCUCGGGUCACACGACCAGCCUCAGUUUAGUCCCUGUGAACAAUGGCAUGGGAGAUGUGGCGAGGAGAUGGAAGGCUGGUAGGAUCUCAGAGCUUUUGCACCUGUGGUUGUCCCCUUUGCCUGGAAUGCUUUUUACCUAAAAUCUUUAAUGGCUGUCUCCUUUUUCAUUGUUAAGAUCUUGGUUUAAAUGUCACGGCCUCAGAAAAAUCUGCUCUGACAUCAGAUUUAAAGUCAUUCCCCAGUUAACUCUGUGUUGGUCAGAAUUCAUGUUCAGUAAUUAUAACAAAAGCCCAAGUAAUGAUAGCUUAAGAUGGAAAUGUGUUUCUGAGUCGUCUGGGCUAUAUGGUCAGCUAUGUGAUGUGGGGGGUCAUGGCUCCUGCCUUGUUCUGUCAUCAACACAUCUUGGCUUCCAUCUCAUGAUCAGUUGGUGGAUCUAGUUCCAACCAUCAGGCCCUCUUUUAGUCAGCAGAAAGAGGAGACGAGCAAGCAGAGGGCAUGACACCUCACAAGGGCACAACCCAAAAGUUACACAUGUCAUUUGCCCUUGUCUGAGCUUAGUCCCAUGGCUAAGGCUGUUUUUUUUUUUUCAAACAAUUUUUUUUGGUCACACCAUGCUGGAAGAGAGUCUUCUGGAAGGCUGGAAGAGUUUAGGGGGGCAGCCCUGUGCUCAGCUAAAACUUGGGAGAUUCAAUUACUAAGGAAGAUGGAGAGAUGGAUAUGGGGGCAAAUGGCUAUCCCCACCACAUGGAGUUUUUGUAAUGACAGAUACAAUGGCCAGAAUAUCAAAGAAGUCCUUAGAGACCAUCUGGUUAAACACUCUAAUUCGAUAGAUGAGAGCCAGAGAGGGGACUUGUCCAAAUUCACACAAGCCAGUGUUAGACCAAGGCUGGGUCCGGAUCUCCUAACUCCAAGCCCAGUGCUCAGAACUAGGGGAGGGAUUGCUUAGGACUUUAUGUAUUAUCUUAGCUUCAAGUACAUUUUUGUCUUCAUGUAUUAUGUCUAACAAGAAUAUAUUCAUGUGUUAUUCAUGUAAGUGAAAACUUGGCCAAUAUACAUGAAAAAGUAUUAUAUUCACUACUUAACACAGGAAGUCAAAACCAUAAUGAGAUACCACCAUAUAUCCAUCAAAAUGCCAAAAACUUAAAAAAACAGACUACCAGUUCUUGAGAAUGUGGAGCAAGUGGAACUCUCCGGCAUGAUUGGUACAAUCAUUUCAGAAAACUGGCCCCAUCUACUGAAAUGGCAUACACAUACCUAUGGCCUAGUGAUUCUACAUCUAGGGAUUUACCCAACAGAAAUAUGUAUGCAUGUGACCAAAACACAUGUUCAAGGAUAUUCAUAGAGGGCACUACCCUGGUGGUCCACUGGCUAAGACUCUGCACUCCCAAUGCAGGGAGUCCAAGUUUGAUCCCUGGUCAGGGCACUAUAUCCUACCUGCCACAACUAAAGAUCCCCCAUGCCACAGCAAAGAUCUUGAGUGCCACAACUAAGACCUGGCAGGCCAAAAAAAUGAAUGUCUGUAGAGGGUCCUUCCUGGCAGUCCAGUGGUAAGAUCCCAGGCUUCCACUACAGGGAGCUUGGGUUCAAUCCCUGGUUGGGGAACUAGAUCCCAUAUGCUGCUCCAUGGUGUGACCAAAAAUAAAUUGUUUUUUAAAAAAAGGCAGUAUUGUGACAUGCCAGGUGUCUCCAGGAGCAAUCACUAGGCCAGAAUCCACACAGGGGAGGUGAAAGAAUGAAACCGUCUAGGAAUUCCUGUCAUCGGCCUUAGGGAGGAAACUACCUAUGACAUGGACCUAUUUUUGAACUGGUUAAUUUUUUAAAAAAGAAAAGUUUAUUUCAAAAUAGCAGGACUUAUUGACUUUCCUGUGACUCUCAAGGCUCCCUUCUCUGCUGAAAAACUUAACUUGAGUCAGGCUCUCCCUUGCUGGCCAAGGUCUGUGACUCUGAACUUUGUACUUCCUCCCAGGCCUGAGACCAGUGAGGGUGAGGCAGUUCUGAAUAAAAUCAACAGAGCAGCCUUGGAAUACAGAGGGAUGUUUUGUUUUUACAAAAUGAAACAAAAAACAAAAGAAGUGGAGGGAAGAAAGGAAUAAAAUUGCAUGCAUGUUUGUGUGCUCCUAGAAAAUGGUCUAUUAGCAUAAAAACCCAAACUGCAGCAAUCCCUGGGAAGUGGUUGGACAAAGGAGAGGCCAUUGCUCUUGCUCAGCUGUACUUAUCCUUAAUCUUCAAUUGGCCGCCCUUCAGAUCUUUGUUCCCCCCCUAACUGGUUCAUCCAAAGAAGUCCCCUGUCACUGUUCGGGAAACCACUGUUUUCUGUCUCCAUAGCUCUUACCACCAGUGAGAUCUCCUUUAUGUACUUGAUUUUUUUCUGCCUGCCCCUGUUCCUUGAAGGCAGAAACCCUGUCUUGUUUCCCAUUGUAUAUAUCCUCAGUGAAGAACAGGGUGUCAGACAUGAGCAGAUAAGGUCAGCACAAAGUUAGGGCCCUCAAUAAGCAGUUAGUGAAUGAGAGGUUGGGCUGUUGCUUUGUAUUUUUAGAUUUUUGAGAUGAGCAUGACUACUUUUGAAGCAGGAGACAGAUGGGCUCUUGGGCCAAACAGCUGAUGUUCGUCAAGUGAAUGACACUGAAAUUUUAUCCUCAGCCAGAUGAGAACAACGCCUGAUUCCCUUCCCCCACCAAAAUGGAAGAAAUGAACUAACAGAGAGGAAUUUGUUAAACAGAAAUGGAAAAGUGGGGUUUUUUACUGCUAACAAGCAAGGGAAAUGGAAGAAUGAGUAAACAGCUAUAAAACCCCCAAGAAUAGGCCUGGAAGAGUCCAGCGACCCUAGUUUUACUCUAGCUGUUUCUAGUGCACACAACUGGACUUGUCCUUCACAAAUUUAAUUCCUUAAUCACUCUCUGUGAAUUCUAUCCUGCACCUGGCAUUCUUUUCCCCUACACAUCCUUGUAACUCCCCUGGCAUUCUUUAUUUCAAAAAGGUUACCAGCCAAUAAACUCGUUGACGACCAAA